UCACCUGCGUCUGAAGAGGAGAUGCACUGCUUGCAGUGCCUUGUGGCUGGUAGAAGAAUCUCUGAAAAGUAGACUGUGAAGGCAUAGCAGCCUUCACUGGAACUCCAGCGUGGGCGCACACACACACAGAAGCCCUGAGCUUUUCUAGUGUAAUGUGGGAGAGGCGCAAAUACUUUAGGCAAGUUCAGUAAGGCCUGAUUUAAUCUUAAUGCCAGUUGAGGCGAAAGCAUUUUUGUGUUCUGAUGGAGAUGCAUUGCAUCAGGACUUUGCUGCCUCUGUGUCACUAGUUUGUGCGAGUGGCAGUCUGGGUUUGUGGAGAGGUCGUGAGAGUGCAGCGUCUCACAUGGGAGGGCGUUUGCCUCAUCCAGUGUUGUGUUUACAUGAAGCCCAAGAGAGAUUCUUUGGACCCGUGGAUAGCUGGGGACAGGUAGUGGUUGAGAUCAUGAGCUAUGAGAAGGAAGGACUUGGCCCAUUCAGGACCUCAGUUUCUCAGCCUUUGCAAUGAAUAUUCUUUUCAUUCUGAAAUGUGUCUGCGGCUUUUAGGCCCAAGGGGUAAUCAAGGUAACUCACACCCAAGCCAUCAAAGAAUAAAUAAUAUGAUGUAGAUCAUAAACUCAAUAACCUUAGCAGCAGAAAUAACUAAGUGAUUGUAAAAGGGCAGCACAGGACGGGACGGCAGGUUCAGGGGUGGGGCAAGUACGAAGCUGGCAAAGGCUUGGAGAGACUUUGCCGACACCUCAAAGAUAACGAGCAGCAAUCUGUUGGGAGAGAGUCCCACUCCUCAGAUGCCACCACACCAAACGCCUUCGUGCCUAGGAGGCACUCCAAAGGGCAGGCCUUCAGUGACAAUUUCAGCAGAUGGGCAGGUUGAGCUUUGGAUACUCUGCACCCAGGCUGCUGAAAAGUCAAAAGCAGCCCUUCAGAUUGCGUGUGGACGCGAACUGGAGAUCUUUGCCCAUAGAGAUGUUUGGGUUGUCAUAGAGAUGUUUGGGUUGCCCAUAGAGAUGUUUGGGUUAUCAAUGACUUGCAUAGGAGCCGCUGCAAGUGACAGCCUGCAGUACUGACCAAAACAGACCAAAGAUCUGACUCAGUCAGAGACACCUUCAGACAGACAUGUGCAGUUUUUCAUCUAUUUUUCAGAAAAGCACUACUAUAUAAAUUUGAAGUAUCCAACAGAAGGCAACACUUUAUUGCCUGGAACUGGUCCUAGGCUUCAGAGUCCAGACUUGGGGAGAAAAUCUGAGUUGCCGGCAGAUCAGAAGAAAACUGGGCUGGCUGCUCCUCCACCUAAAAAUGGCUUCGCGUUGCAGAACUUUGUGGAUGAAGCUGUUUCGGGCACGGUGAUAGGACCCCUGCUAACGUCUACAUUUCAAGCCACACAGGAGAAGUCCAUCUGGCUAUUCUAGCCUGCCUGUAGAGUAGUCCUUUUAUUCAUUUUUGAAUUUUAAUCCACAAAAUUUAUAUGCAGGCUUUCUUGACCUCACCAGAGGCUACAAGGUGGCUAAGAAAACAUGCACAAUGAAGUCAUAUUAUAAAACCAUUAAAACAGAUCCAAAAAUACAUCAUUAAAACAAUAAAAACCUGAACUAAAAUACAUACAAAGACAUAAAAAACAAUUACAACAUCGGGCAAGAAGGAGGGAGCGCUGAGGGAAUGGCAAAUGAAACAAAAAAGUCUUCACCCACUGGUGGAAGAUGGCAAUUGCAAGGGAUCUACCCGUCUUCCUGGGGAGGAAGUUGCAGAGUUUUGGUAUCAUGACUGAAGCUCCUGUCCUAGGUUGUCCCCCGGCUAACGCCAGAAGGUGGGGGCAUCAGAAGCAGAGCCUCGAAAGGAGAGUCCACCAGACCCCCCCCCCCCUUCUGAUCCAGGAUGGAAGAGAGGCCUCCCAGUGCUGGGCUGGCUGCAGAGGCGUCUCCAGCUGCUAAGACACCAGCCCCAAAGAAGAAACCAAGAAAAGCCCCCAGGAGGGUCACCCCCGACUUCUUUGUGCACGAGACAGACGAUGACAUGCUGCUGAUAAUUUCUAACGUGGGCGAGGAGCAAGAGCGGCCAACUCGGAAAGUGUCCAAGAGGAAGCCGGAGAAGGCGCAGCGGCGGAAGGGGCUGAAGAGGGCGGCAUCGAGCCGAGGGAAGGGAGGGGCUCUGGCGAACCAACCCCUGCCUUCAGGGGGCCUGGGGGAGGGCAGCAAGACAUUCCCCUCCAGCGCCCCCCCAGCUGCUGCCAGUUCCUGGGGUGAGCAGCUCCCUGCGGAGGUCCUAGUACAGAUAUUCCAGCAGAUCGUGGCAUCAGAAGGAUCGGUUCCUUUCCUCUGCAGGGUGGCCCGUGUGUGCCGGCUCUGGUACGGAGCAGCUGCCGACCCCGUGCUUUGGCAAAAGGUGUCCCUUGGCUACUGCUGGGCUGCACCAGGCCAAAAAUGGUCACCCGCUGUAGAGAGGAGAGCUCUUGGCACUGUGGAGUGGCUGGCCGGCCACAGGUUUUCUCGUCUCCGGGACUUUGCUCUCUGCCACUGGAAGCAGCACGUGCCCUUUGUCCUGAAGGAAAUUGGCAGAUGCUGCCCGCUCCUUGCCUCUUUAAAACUGUCCCACUGCAGUGGGGUGACUGCAGAGUCGCUGGCCGCACUGGCUGCGCGUUGCCCCCGGCUGGAGAGUCUGAAUGUGCAGAAUUCCCAGGUCCCCUCUUCCGCCGUCGUCAGCUUUCUUGAAGCUGCUGGCUCUCGAAUCCGGCACCUGUGGUUGACGUACAGCACCCAGACAAGCCCCGUCAUUGCUGCUCUCUCUAACGGCUCUUGCCCUGGACUUCGGCUCCUGGAGGUGAACACAGAGAUCAAGCAAAGCAGCCAGCACUUCCAGCUCUCCAUCGAGCAGCUCCAGGCUUCCUGCCCUCACCUGCAGGUGCUGCGUCUGCUCAACGUCGUCUGGAGUCCGAAGCCCGUCCCCCGCUCGGCCCCCCACCUUCAGGGCUUCCCUGAGCUGACAGAGCUCUGCUUGGCCACCACCUCCAACUCCUUCGUCGACGACAGCACCUUGGGGCGGAUCUUGUGGGCUUCGGAACGAAUCCGCAUGCUUGACCUGCGCGGCUGCUUCCGCGUCACGCCCAGAGGGCUGCAGCUGCUGCCGUGCCCAGACCUGGAGCAGCUCUACUUGGGCCUGUACGGCAGCAGCAGCCCCGCCCACCUGCCCCUGGAAGGGAGCCCCCUCCUUACCUGCAAGUGGAGCCACAGCCUGCAGGAGCUGGACUUGGCCGGGCAGAGGUUCCGCGAGCAGGACUUGGAGCAGGCGAUGACGGCCUUGGCGCAGGGGCAGAGCCCGAAGGGGGGGCCUCCCCUGCGCUCCCUCAACCUCACGGGCACCAAGGUCAUGCUCAGCACAGUCAGCACCCUGAUCACCAGCUGCCCUGCCCUCACCUACCUCAACCUCUCGUCCUGCCGCCAUUUGCCACGGGGCACGAAGAAGGCCUAUCGGGGCCAGGAGGAAAUCCGCCAGUGUCUGCACCACCUCCUGACCAGCGCAGAGGAGCAUCUCUGAAUCUGCCAGGCUCCCAUCUCAAGCCAGCGGCCUUGGCAAGCCGAGUUCCAGGCCUCGUCAGUACCUGCCUCUCUCCUGGAUGGUUCCUGCUCCUCUGCCAGGACAGCCGUCCCUCAGUUCCCCUGCAAGGGAGAGCGUUGAGGGCUCUGGGUGGCAAAGAUGCUGAAGGGAAGCUCGCCACAGGUGUCCACCCCCCCCCCCCCCCCCCCCCAUUCCUGGUUUCUGAUGUCUUUUCCGGCGUGUUUUGGUCUGAAUGCUGCCAAGAGUUUCUAAACGUUUUGUUUUGACCUUGGCCCUGAUGCUGUUCUUGACUCUGGGGUCCUGCAGCUUCCUGGUCCCUCUUGGUUCUGCGCCCAGGUCCUGAGCCUUUCCAAAUGGGGAGGCACGGGUGAGCGUGGAAGGAGCAGCUGUGGCCCACCUCUCAAGAGCGGGGCUUCCUGCGGCUGGACUGCCGCAAGUUCUCCCUUCGUCUGGGGCAGGAGGGUGCUCUCUCACUCUUUGGGGUGCUUUUCUCUCUUGCCCAUCCCUCCGGAGGCUGGAGAGUUCAGCUUUAAGUCCUCAUGCUGGACACGACUCCUCGCCUGCAUCUGGUUCAGGCCUCGUUUGAGAGUCCUGCAGGGCUGUUUCUGGGCCACCUUCAGGACACUUCUCUCUCUCUCUAGAAUACCUUCACUGUCAUCUAACUUGCAUGUUUGCACCCCGUGUGUUCCUGUGGCCGGGUUACCUUCCGGGGAUGGUCCAAUUCACUCCUAGGUCCCUCUUUCGCCUGUUUCUCCACCAAGGAGCACCCCCCAAGUUGGGGGGCUGCUCUGUCAGGGGCAGUGUUACCCCACUGGAACAGCUCAAACCCCAGUUCCCUCCUCCCUGUCCCCCCCCCCCCCAUAUUGUCUGACCUGGGACCUGAGAUCUGUAGGGAAUGAGUUUUUCCUGAAGAGUGGCUGGUGGGGACCUGAAGGGAAGAAAUCUCUGUUCCCACAUUCUUUCUCCUCACACGGGGGACGAAUUCCCCAAAGGCCUUUUCGGUGGGUCUCCAGGCCUGCCAGUUCCAGAAGGGCUUCUGUUUAGGUUAAAGGGGCUUCUUAAAAAUGAACGUUUGUAUCUGAGGGCGGCAUUUUGGGGAAGGUGGCUUCCUCCCUGGAUCUUUUUGAAUUGCUUUAAUUAUUACGAUGGUUAUGUUAUUUUGUACUGAUCUUAUGUUGUCAGUUGCCUUGUGGAUCUGUUUUGAUAAAAAGGCAGUUGAUAAAUUUACUAAAUAAACAAAAAGACCAACCAUA